CUUAACGCAGCUGCAUUCGUGUAUGUGUCGGCUACACGGAAGUGCGUCAUCGUGCGCCUGAAGUCAGUGCGUAGUGUGGGAGUUGGUGAGGAGCUCGCUGAGAGUUCAGAGUAUCUGUUUAGUUCAGUGUAAAAGCGGAACAUUAAUCAGGAUUUUCGAUCAUGGCGAUGCAAGCAGCGAAACGCGCGAACAUUCGCUUGCCUCCGGAGGUGAAUAGGAUAUUGUACAUACGUAACCUUCCUUAUAAAAUCACAGCAGAAGAAAUGUAUGACAUAUUUGGAAAAUACGGCCCCAUCCGGCAAAUCAGAGUUGGGAACACACCAGAGACCAGAGGAACUGCCUAUGUAGUUUAUGAAGACAUCUUUGAUGCAAAGAAUGCCUGUGACCACCUUUCUGGAUUUAACGUCUGCAACAGAUACUUGGUUGUUUUGUACUACAAUGCAAACAGAGCAUUCCAGAAAAUGGACACAAAGAAAAAAGAAGAGCAGCUGAAACUACUCAAAGAGAAAUAUGGCAUAAAUACAGACCCGCCAAAGUAGUUUUCUCCUUUUUGUUUCUCUGUGACCCCCCCCCCCCUCCACUCUUUCUCUCUCUUAUAUUGUUUUAUUUUUUACACUGUUUAAAGCAAGCAUAAAGAUAAACCCUGAAAUUUGUACAGUUAAAAGGAGCAUACUCUUUAUGUACUUCAUAUUGUGAAGGUGAAGCAAUUUUGGGCCAGAAUAUCAUCCCUGUCCAAAGAAAAAUGUGUUCAGAAUAGUCGCUUUACAGAGAAUGAAAAACUUUUUUUUUGUUUUUUUUCAGUAAAAGUCAGUUUUUCAUUUUAGACAGUUCUGGAGCAUUUCUAUUGGUCUAUUCAUUAAGAAAUGCUGACACAGUUUGAAGAACUUCUGUGUUCAAACACAAUGUUGGCAAAAAUUAGAUACAUGUAUUUUUUUGGACAGCAUUUGUUUAACACUGUAAGAUGUUGGUUAAUAAGUGAUUUCCGAAUGACUUAUUGGGAUAUGUAACCACAUACUUUUGUUAUUAAAAUGUCUAAAUUAUGAA